UAGAACUUUGGUCGAAGAUUUGAGUUGGGAAAAAAAAAAAAAACCCAGGUAGGUCUAGGAAGCUUUGGUUUCGGCAAUAAUGGAGGCAAGUCUGGAACAGUCUUUACAGGAUGGGAAGCUGCUUCGGCAAGUUAAUGGUUUAAUCGUUGCACAUCUUCGUGACAACAACCUUAACCAGGCUGCUACAGCAGUUGCUUCAGCAACAAUGACACCCUUAAACGUCGAAGCCCCUCCAAACAAGCUUCUUGAUCUAGUUGCUAAGGGCCUUGCAGUGGACAGGGAUGAGGCAUCGAAGGGGGUUGCACCUGCUGCUCUGUUCGACUCUGGAACAGCAUUGACUGAUGUAUAUGGCUCAGUUCCAGCUCCUCGCACCGUUUCCAUUGAUUUCAGUGCUGUGCAGGAUACAAAAGGCUCAUCAAAGAGUUUCCCAAAGCAUGAAACUAGACAUGUUUCAGAGCAUAAGAAUGUUGCUAGAUGUGCUAGAUUUAGUCCUGACGGGAGGUUUGUUGCCACUGGAAGUGCAGACACAUCAAUUAAACUCUUUGAGAUUUCAAAAAUCAAGCAAAUGAUGUUGCCAGAUACAAGAGAUGGCCCUGUCAGACCUGUUGUACGGACAUUUUAUGAUCAUUUGCAGCCCAUAAAUGAUUUGGAUUUCCAUCCUCAAAAUACUGUUCUGAUAUCUGGGGCCAAGGAUCAUACAAUAAAGUUCUUUGAUUUUUCAAAAACAGUGGCAAAGCGAGCUUUUAGAGUCAUCCAGGAUACUCACAAUGUUCGAUCCGUUUCUUUCCAUCCUUCUGGGGAAUUUCUCUUAGCAGGGACGGAUCAUCCAAUUGCCCACUUAUAUGAUAUCAAUACCUUUCAGUGUUAUCUAUCAGCAAAUGCCCCUGAGAUAGAUGUUAAUGGUGCUAUCAAUCAGGUAAGGUAUUCAUCUAGCGGUGGUACGUAUGUAACAGCAUCUAAAGAUGGUGCUGUAAGGGUGUGGGAUGGGGUGAGUGCUCAGUGUGUGCGUUCCAUUGUUGGGGCACAUGGGUCAGCAGAGGCAACAAGUGCAAGUUUCACAAAGGACCAAAGGUAUGUACUUUCAUGUGGGAAGGAUUCUACAGUGAAGCUCUGGGAAGUUGGAACUGGGAGACUGGUCAAACAAUAUGUGGGAGCUAUUCAUACACAGUUGCGAUGCCAGGCUGUUUUUAAUGAAACUGAGGAGUUCGUCCUUUGCAUAGAUGAACCAAGUAAUGAGAUUGUCAUUUGGGAUGCUCUGACUGCUGAAAAAGUGGCUAGAUGGUCGUCCAAUCAUAUUGGUGCACCUCGCUGGCUUGAGCACUCACCAACGGAGGCAGCAUUCACAACCUGUGGAACUGACAGGUCGGUCCGGUUCUGGAAAGAAAUUCUUUAGACGUGCGAAAGAGCUUUUCUCCUUUUGGUCUAAGGAUAUGCAGAUGCAUUGGAGCAUUUAAUUGAAGUAAAUUUUUUAAGUUGCACCUCGAGAUAAUGCCUCUAGUUUAGGAGAUCAGAAUUAAUUGUAGUUUCAUAAUUGAACGAAAUUUUACAAAUAUGUGGUCUAAUAGUGGAAUUCUCAAGAUUUUACUUUUCAAAUCUUGUUGAGAAACAAGAUAUAUUUUUA